AUGCUCCUGAAUAUCACAGAGAGGUUUUGGCAGGCCUCCUGCAGCAGGUACCAGCUGCUUGGAAACAUGCUGCGUGCCUGUCCCCGCAACUACAACCCGGUCUGCGGGACCGACAGUAUGACCUACCCCAACGAGUGCUUCCUCUGCAGAGAAAUCUCCCGUAACCAAGGCAUCGACAAGAAGCAUGAUGGAGUAUGUCUUAAGGCUGACUGCACUGACUACCUGAGAAUAAGCAGUGGUCGUGUGAUCCCCUGCAGCAUGGAGUACAUACCCGUCUGCGGCACCAACGGGAUUACCUACAGGAACAAGUGCCAAUUCUGCAAUGCUGUGGCGAAUGGACUGAACAUAAACUUGGCCAAAGUUGGAGUAUGCCUCCAGCCUGACGAAACACAGCAGAACAACCAGGUUGACUGCAGCGACCACAAAGACAGCAAUCUCACCUGCCCCCUCCACUACAGCCCCCUUUGCGGCUCUGAUGGCAAAACUUACCAAAACGAGUGCCACUUCUGCAACGCAGUUGUGCAGAACCAGGGAUCUCUGUUCCUCAGAUACCGUGGUAGCUGCUCAACACUGGAGCUGUACCCUUCGCCCUGA